AUGGCGCAGCAGCGGGUGCUGCCGCAGAGCAAGGAGACCCUGCUGCAGUCCUACAACAAGCGCCUCAAGGACGACGUCAAGUCCAUCAUGGACAACUUCACCGAAAUCAUCAAGACGGCCAAGAUUGAGGAUGAAACUCAAGUGUCUCGAGCAACCCAGGGUGAACAAGAUAACUAUGAGAUGCAUGUCAGAGCUGCAAACAUUGUCCGAGCUGGUGAGUCCCUGAUGAAACUUGUGUCUGACCUGAAGCAGUUCUUGAUCCUCAAUGAUUUCCCCUCUGUGAAUGAAGCUAUCAACCAGCGCAACCAGCAGCUGAGAAGCUUGCAGGAGGAAUGUGACAAGAAGUUGAUUGCACUACGAGAUGAGAUCUCCAUUGACCUGUACGAGCUAGAAGAAGAAUAUUACUCUUCCAGGUACAAAUAGGGCAGCGGACUUCUGCCUUAUGAUUCCAGCCCUUUUGGGGUAGUUAGCCCAGACAAACAAGUAGUCCUUAGAGUACAGGUCUUGAGAAUGUUCCCAACAAAAUUUCACUCCUGUUUUUAAUUAGGUCAGACUCUUUUUCUGCAACUAAAGCAACUGCCUUUUCCUUGUAGAUACCCUACAGGGUAUAAAUGUCAUGGUGAAGGAGGUAUUCACAGCAUCCAACUCUAGGUGCCUGCUUUAGUUGGCUAGAUUUGACAGAUAAUUUGCUUAGGCUUCCUUUGUAACCAUUGUAAAAGGAGCUGAAUUUCUUUGGGGGUAUAGGCUUCUGUCUGAGUACCCCUCUGGAGGAGCCUCUGUCUCUCUCCCUGGAGAGACGAGCUUACUGAGCUGGGUCCUCAUGUUAGAUGAGAUCACCACGUCUUCGUGGUGAGUUCUUUCACAAGUGACCUGGUUACACAUUGUGCCUUUUCCCUUGUAGUCCACUGCCCCCAGCUGCCUGGAGUCCUAUUGGGUUGAACAUUUGAAAUGAGCAAAAAAGACUUGCUCAGUUUCAUUGGAUUAUGAAGUAUUAUGAUAGGAUUUUCUAUGGAAGACUUAUUACUGAUUUGUUUGUGGGAUUUUUAAUAUUUUUAAAAGACUCUUAGAAAACAGGCUUUAGAGAAUUCAAACACUUUAUUUUUUUAUUUCUGUCAUGCACUCCAGCACUUCUAGUUGAUGAUGCAGUAAAUGAAAGCAGGAGAAAACAAAUGAGAACCUGAUUAUUUUGGCUGCACUGUCCAAGCUAAGUGAAGUCAGUGCAAUAAUGCCAUGACUUCUAAACAAAAACUUAACUUUUGAAAACCUUAUUUAGAAUUUUAAUGACCAGGUUUUCUAUUUUUGCCUUUCCCUUCUUUCUAAAAAUGCUGAAUGCCUAUAACCACAGCUAAGUCAACUAAAACCCUGUUUGCUCAAUAUCUUUGGAAAUUAGGCCAUUAUUUAUGGGUAAUAUACGUAUUUUAAGAGUAAAAAGAUACUGAUAUGACAUAGCUUAGGAAUUGCUAUGACAUUGGAAGAAAACUAGACGUAAAAGUUUAGAGUUGUUUUUCAAACUUUUACUCAGUUUUUUGGGGGGGUGGCAAGGGAUUCUAGAAAUAUCUCAGAAAUGAAGAGUGGUGGUCGCAAACCCAAGGACCCGUCCAGACCCUGAUAGGUCAGGGGUGCAUCCACUACAUAGGCUGCAUACAGCAUAGCAGUGAGCUCUAUCCAAAGCGAUGCGGCGUGGGAUGAUAGUGCCUCACAUGUACCAGACGUGCUUCUCUCACACUGCCACCAGACUGCCACCACCGUGUGUCAGUAGCUUUAACUUCUGGGCUAAGGGGUUCUGACCAUGCUGGCAUGGUCUGUUCACCUGCCUGGCACCAGAUGCCAUGUAGAGCAACCCUUCGUAACAGAACUAACAUCUAAGCACAAAUGUUGGCAUACACCAAAUGGAUUUGCCUUCGUGCUCUUUCUUAUAAGAGUGGUCACGAGGUGAGGAAACUUGGCAACUCUACAGAGCUAUGAUCCCUCCACUGAAACCUCAUAUCAUGUAGCACUUAGUUAUUUGCUUUUAGCACUUACUCCCUUCCUGUGCUCUUUCCUGUCUUUUUCUGCACCAAAGAAAUUGUGUGUGUAAAUAUAGAAACAGUGAUUUAUUCAAAGUCCUUUUAUAUUUAGAGUACUAAGAUAUUUUUAAUGAAACCUUAUUGUCUAAUGUGAGGAAUAAGGGUUUCUGUUAUGUCACAUAGUUGUAGCGUGAUAAUCAUGUUUAAAUGGCUGUAAAUGCAAUAGCCGGUUUGCCCACAAACGGGCAUUCUGUGCUCUCCUGGGAGCCCAGCUGGGGUUGCCUCUCUGCACCAUCUGUUACUUUCUCGUGGGGCUUGAUCCCACAGGAUUUAUGAAGAGGUGUGCAGUCCCGCGAGGCCAGGACAUGGGUUCCAUACAGCCAUCCUGCCAAACUGCUCUCCCAUGCUCCAGUUUCCCUGAAGGUCACUGGUUAGUUUAUUUUAGGUUGUCCUUCCAGGGAAGGCUGUAGAAAAGUGAGCUCCCUGCAGCAGCACACCUCCAGGUGCUGCAGAGCUGAGAGCUGCCCCGUGCUGUGUAGCUUGUUUGGUCUCUGUGCACUGCUCCCCACGGCUGUGAAGAGCCUGUGGAAGGGAGUGUCUCCUGUGCAGCGUUUGUCACUGCCAUUGUGCUAAUGGGGCUUAGGAGGCAGCCCCUUGCCCACAGUGAGUAACGAAUAGGAUGUGCCUGAGGUGUAGGGUCAGGUUUCAUGGCUAGGCUUUUUAUGUGUACAUGGGGGUUUUGAUGAGGAGACCUGAAAGCAGGUCCUUGAAACUAAAGCUGAGUAGAUUGUUCUGAAGGAAUCUUUGCUUUCAGUCCCUGUGUUCAAGUAGUUUCCUAGAGCUGUUCCUCUGCGCACAGACCUGGCUGCAUGCCCCAAGAGGGAGUAGUGAAGUCCCUUCCACGCACUGAGACCCUCAGUCAAAGGACAGAGUAGCAGGUUGGCCAGUGCUGUUGUGGGCUGUGCAGUAGCUGCUCAUUCACCCUGACUUUUGAGGAGCGUUACGUGAGAGGCGAAGCUUAGACUUUUGGAACUGUUUGAACUGGGACGGCAGGAGCAGCAGUUACGCUUCUGACGCAGCUAAAAUUUUCUUAGUAACUCACCCACCAAGAUGUGGUGGAAGCUGUGGCCUUGGAAAUCAUGGCCUGAGGUCUAAGACUGACAGAAAAGGAGUUGUAGUUCUGGUUCAGUCCUGAAGGUGUUUGCUAAUUGAACCCAGCUUCACUGUGUGUUGGGGACUGUCGGGAAGGGUGAUCUUCCAUGGGAUUUUACAAAGGCCCCAGAUACAAAACCUGUAUCCACUGCCUUCUCACUUCUACUGCAAAACGCUGGGUGAUGCUGCCAGAAAAGACCUCAAAAGUAGAUGCUUGCAACUAGUGCUUUGUGUGCUUAUUCCCCAAAGUGGUAACUCCAAGUCCAGCUUGCCUUCUCUCAUCCUGAACCCCAAACUUGCAUUUAUGUUCCAUUGCUCCCUCCUCUGAGAUCACAGGAGCUGUCUUGAGUGUGGGGUUAGAUCUCAACAUGUUUCAUGUUUGUGCAAUUUGAAGUGUCUCAUAUUUCUACACUUAAAAUAUUUCCCUAAGCAUCUAUUCAAGUCCAUACAUUAAAAAUGUAAAUAAAGCUGCAACAACAAAAUCACUUGACCCACUGGGUUUGUUUUACUCUGAACGCAAGCUGC